CCUUAGGUAAUCUGGGGAGGACUCCGAGCUUCAGAGUGUUCUCAUCGUAACGAAGCUCUGGCAGCCUUGCAUUUCCAAUCCGGCUUGACAACCGAUCUAUACGAACGUCGCCCUCUCUCGCCCUUGUCUGUGACGUUAUUUUCGUCGCAAGGUCGCCUGCAACAGUCCCCGCCCUCUUCCUCCUUCUUCUUGUUAGGACAUCGUCAGCCAGCCAUGUCGAUAACACCUAUCAUAACGUUUAAGGCGGGCAUAUGCGAAGUUGAUACCUCCUCGCGGCCCUACAAAGUGAAGGCGUCGCCCCGACCAGGCUACAUCUACCUCUUCACCGAGGAUGAGUUACUUCAUUUCUGCUGGCGUGAGCGAAGCGUCCCCCUCGACCAGCCCGAGUUAGACCUUGUUAUGAUCCCGACAGACGGCCAAUUUGUUCCCUACGAUGCCAACAACCAACCUCACGUAUCCGCCAAGACGAACGGACGUCUCUUCGUGCUCAAGUUCCUCUCCUCUUCCCAGCGACACCUGUUCUGGUUACAGUCGAAGCCUCAAGGUCGGAACGGCGACCCCACUUGGUUCAGCCCUCGCGACCGGAAAAUCGGCGACAUCGUGCACAGGCUGCUCCAGGGCGAAGAGGUCGACGUCGCACACGAGCUAGCUGCGAUCAACAACACCGACAACGAUGACCGACGUGGAGGCGAUGACGACGAGCCUAUGGAGGAUGUCGAAGGUCAUGGCAACCCCGACGAGCCCCACGAGGGCGAUGGAGGUGCUGGUCCGGGCGCUACCGGUGGCGAUGUGCGGCAAGAAGGAGAGAGCGCGAGAGAGGGCGGUGCCGACGGCGCCAGAGCUGCCGCCUCGGGCCCCCCCGAUGCUGCAGCUGCAGUCAGGAAUUUUCUCGAUUCAUUGAGAGGAAAUGCCGGGACCAGCCAGGGCGAAGGGAAUUUUUAUCCACUCCUUUCAGACCUCCUCACACCCCCUAUCACCGUACCCGUGGCCCGAGAAGCAACAGAAGAGCAGAUCGACGAAUUGCUCAGCUUCUUGCCCCCCUCAAUCCUCGUUUUUUCGCAACAGGUGGACCAGGAGGAGGAUACCGCAGAACCCACCGCCGCGGCAGUGCAGGCUGCGAAGGAAGCGAUGAGUCUCGGCCAGAAGAAAGCGCUGUUGGAGAAGGUUCUCCGGAGCCCGCUGUUCCACCAGAGCCUGACAAGCCUGUCCAUGGCGAUUCGGGACGGCGGUUUGCCCAGCAUCGCGGACGCGCUGUCCAUCAAGGUCGAGAACGGAGGUUACAUAAGAGGCAGCCAGGUGCCUCUCGGCGGCGGGGAUGCCGUGGAGGCCUUCGUGGAAGGAGUCAAGAAAAGUGUUCAGAAAAAGUAGAUGCGCUAGAAUCCAUUGCUAAGUCCAUCAAUUGGAAGUCCAUAGAUAGACUCAAAAGGCACACACACAUAUAUAUGUGCCUAUAUAAAUGACACAUUCGAACGUGGGCGCCCCGAAGCACGCGUUCUUUGGAAUACUCUAUCUUCGCGUGAUGACGAGGGUGGCUGGGGAGCGGUAGUAGAUGAUGCUUCAAUGU